AUGGUUUUGGCCAAGUCGAAGCAGAGUGUGGGGUUGGGCAAUGCCUUGAUGAACGAUCGCUUCGGCAAGGGCAAGGGCGCCGACAGAAAAAAGGGCGCGGCCGUUGCACGAACGCACCACGCCACUGGCGAGCAGUAUCUCGUCAACGAGAAGCAGGAUGCCGCCUGGGUCAAGAUGCGCUCCGUCACGGAGCAGAGCGCUAUGGAUGAGUUUCUGUCGACUGCCGAGUUGGCUGGCACCGACUUUACCGCCGAAAAAGUCAACAACGUCAAGAUCAUCCAUACCGAUCAAAAGAACCCAUAUCUUCUGUCCGCGACCGAAGAGCGCGCUGUCCUGGGCAAGCACAAGCAGCACAGGGAUAGACUGACGGUUCCCCGACGACCAAAGUGGGACUCAUCGACUACACCACAGCAGCUGGAUCUCCAAGAGCGAAACUCAUUCCUUGACUGGAGACGAGGCCUGGCCGAGCUACAAGAAAAUAAUGAUCUCUUGAUGACGCCGUUUGAGAGAAACUUGGAGGUUUGGAGACAAUUAUGGCGUGUUAUCGAGCGGUCCGAUCUUAUUGUACAAAUUGUUGACGCCCGUAAUCCUCUGCUUUUUCGAUCUGAGGAUUUGGAGAAUUACGUCAAGGAUGUCGACUCCAAGAAAGAAAACUUGCUUCUCAUUAACAAGGCCGAUAUGAUGACACAGAAGCAGCGCCACGCUUGGGCCAAGCACUUGAAACAGGCGGGCAUUGCUUUCAGAUUCUUCUCUGCGUCUCUCGCGAAAGAGAUGAAUGAGGCUCGUGAAAGAGAAGAGGAGGAACAGGACAGUGAGGAAGAGGCAGAGACGCAGAAGAUUGCUGGCAAGCAGCGCGCCGAGACAGCUGAAGAACUACUAUCCAAGCAGCCGGGUCAGGAGGGUGGCGCGACUGUGGAAACUGACGACACGGAGAUUUUGACCGUGGACCAGCUCGAGGAAAUCUUCCUGCGUUACAAGCCGACGGACGCUGGUCCGGACCACAAGCUGCAAGUCGGCCUCGUCGGCUACCCCAACGUCGGCAAAUCCUCCACCAUCAACGCCCUUAUCGGCGCAACCAAGGUCUCCGUGUCGUCCACGCCCGGCAAGACCAAGCACUUCCAGACAAUACACCUCUCGGACCGUGUCAUCCUGUGUGAUUGUCCCGGUCUUGUGUUCCCCAAUUUUGCGUCGACCAAGGCGGACUUGGUGUGCAACGGCGUCCUGCCCAUCGACCAACUGCGCGAGUUCACAGGCCCCGUCGGGCUCGUCACGAAGCGCGUGCCGCGCCGCUUCCUUGAGGCCGUCUACGGCAUCACCAUCAAGAUUCGCCCCAUCGACGAGGGUGGCACCGGUGUCGCCACCGCCGAGGAGCUGCUCCGCGCCUACGCUGCGGCCCGCGGCUUCAAGACGUCCGGCCUCGGCCAGCCCGACCAGUCCCGCGCCGCCCGCUACAUCCUCAAGGACUACGUCAACGGCAAGCUGCUCUUCGUCUCCCCGCCUCCGGGCGUCGACGAUGAAGCCGCCUUCAACCGCGAGCUCUACGACGAGAUGCACCUGCCCGAGAAGCGCCGCAUCGCGCUCGCGUCCGCCCUCGACGGCCUCUCCAUGGCCGAUGACGUGCCUGAUGAUGCGGCGUCGACAGCGGCUGGCGCCUCGGAUGUGGUGUCGCUGGCACCCGCGUCAGGACUCAAGACGCAAAAGCUCGACAAGGGCUUCUUCGCCGCCAAGAGCGUCGGCGGCCACAUCUCCCAGCCGUUCAAUUACAAGUACACGGAGCAGGGUGCCCUUGAGUCGGGCAAGGCCUUGACGGGCCGCAAGGCGCGCACGGCGUACGCUCUGGAAAAUGGGCUGGACCCCAAGGAGCUGGCCAAGGCGGGCAGUAAGAAGCAUUUCAAGGGCGGCAUGAGCCACGGCAAGGGCAAGAAGCAGCACCGCGGACUCAACUUGGAUGACGACUAG